CGUUUCGCUAGUGGUGGUGGUCGACGAAGCGGCGAUGGAAGCGGAGAAGCUGAAGAUCAGGCAGGAAUACGAGGCAAAGAUGGCCGCGCUGUCCCGCCAAUACGAGGCGGAACAACGGAGCAAAGAAGCCAUGCAACACGACGUGGAAGCCCUCAAACGGCGAUACGAACAGGAACUCGCUCAACUCAACGAAAAGAUCACAGAAUCCCAGAAGCAAAAGCCCGAUCAAACCGAAAUGGCUAAAAAGUUGGAGAAGUUGCAAGGGAAUUUGGUGGGAGGGGAGAAGGCGAACGACACCGAGUUCAAGGAGAGGCGAGUGAAGAGGAAGAAGGCAGCCGAGAAGCGGAUGGAAGCCCUGGCGAUGGCCUUGUCCAAAGUCGACGAAGACGAUGGGGCCAUGCUCACCAAGGUUUAUGACGACAUCCACGAGGACCUCCAAACCAAGACCGAUCUGGCCAAGAAGUACAAAUCCCGGGUGAAAGCGUUGGAGAGCGAGAUCGCCGAUCUUCAGUCGGAAUUCGAAAAAGACCGGGUGGAUUACCUGGAGACGAUCCGCAAGCAGGACCAGCAGAUCAUGCUCUUUCAGCAGAUCAUGGAACGAGUUCAGCCGCUCAUCAAGAAGGAUACCAAUUACAGUAAUUUAGAGAGGGUGAAGGAGGAAGCGGUUUGGGAGGAGGAGACUCGACGCUGGAGGAUUCCCGAAGUCAUCAUCACCAAAGUGAAAUUCCCUCCUGCAGGGCCACCAGUGAACGGAGUGAUAACGGCGAAGAGGAGUCCAGGGUCUUCGCAAACAGCCCCCGGUCGAAUAUGUCAAGACAUUGAUUCCGAUGAGGGUGACCCUUCCGAUAAUGUCCUCUACAAGGCCGGUCUCUCUCUCUCCCCUCGAAUGCGUCGCCUGCAUUGCAUGCAGCAAUCCGACCGUUUCAGGUUGCAGAAGAGUGCCGAAGAGAACAUCGCGGGGACGUAUUUCCAACCUCGUCGACAGCAGGACAUCUUGAACAAGGUCCAGAACGACACCACCCGAGUCUCCGACAUGUGGCGUGACAAGGCGAAAAGCAAGUCGACGAGUGUACUGAACAAGAGCCUGGGGCAGGAUGAACUGAAUGGUCUCAAUUCAUCUUUUUCUGGUUCUUACGGUGGCCCAACCAGCAAUUCCUGGAGCGGAGCAUCUACUUCCUGGAUAGGUGGGAUGUCAUUAUCGCCGGACAUGUCCAUUCGAAGGCCGUUACGACUCCAGGCUCUUCCAUCCCACACGAACAAGACGACACGACAUCGGGGAGGAAAGCAACCGGUUAAUACCAUGGAUAUCAUAUGAUAAUAUCUGCCUUAAUUGACUCUCAUUGAUCUUGCUCCUUCUUUUCACAUAAUUACUCUCUCUUUGUGAUGUUGAAAUCGAGGCCGGCCCUAAUAAUAACUUGUGAUACUGUUGAAAUCGAUCAUCCCACUCACUUCUUUUCUGUAGAAGGGAGGCAGAGGAUUUUAGUCUAAUGCAGAGUCC